UCCGCAAGGACAACGUCCUCGUGCGGCGGUUUUGUUGUUUAUCUUGCCCGGAGCUCGCGAUUCGACGGCAACGUUUCAUGUGGCUCAACCCGAUCGGGAUCUUCAGUAGUGCGAAAAUGCCGUUGCAAACCUAACCAACUGCUAUGGGUUGUCGUGGUUUUCUGUGUGCAGUGCAUUUGAUUUUGGUUCUGGAUUAUUCCCUGUGCGAUCCUCUGCCGGAACCCCAACGAUCCUCCCUCACCUCGCGCACUGUUAAAACCAAAUACGGCGACGUCAGUGGAGUCAUUGUUACUCCCGAGUCCAAACAUUUGGAGUCUGUGGAAGUUUUCCGCGGGAUUCCCUACGCCAGUCCUCCAUUGGGCUCGUUGAGGUUUAUGCCCCCCGUUACGGGCGCUCUAUGGCAGGGGGUCAAAACCGCCAUAAGUUUCAGCCCGGUUUGCCCCCAAAGACUUCCGGAUAUUUCCAAUGAGACGGCCGCCCUUCGACGGAUGCCGAAAGGUCGGUUGGAGUAUUUGAAACGACUCCUACCUCAUCUGCGGAAUCAGAGCGAGGAUUGUCUCUAUCUUAACAUCUAUGCUCCUGCACAAGCAGGAACCCGAGAGGGCAGCAACCAGGCUAAAUAUCCAGUGAUCGUGUUUAUUCAUGGAGAAAGCUACGAAUGGAAUUCUGGCAAUCCCUACGAUGGAACCGUUCUGGCCAGUUAUGGGGGCGUGGUCGUGGUCACCAUAAAUUACCGGUUGGGCAUCUUGGGGUUUUUGAACGCCAACACUGACCCCUACUCGAAAAACCCAGCGAACUACGGCCUAAUGGACCAAAUCGCAGCACUGCACUGGAUUCAAGAAAAUAUUGUGUUUUUUGGAGGAGACCCGACCAAUGUGACGCUCCUGGGGCACGGCACUGGCGCUGCAUGUGUAAAUUUCCUGCUUACAUCCAGUGCAGUUCCUGAAGGAGUUCUCUUCCAUCGAGCAAUCCUCAUGUCUGGAUCAGCGCUCAGUCCUUGGGCUCUAGUGAAGGAGCCCUCAAGAUACGCAGCUCUGGUAGCGAUACAUGCGAACUGCUCCCCAGAACUCCCACACGCUCAUCUCCUUAAGUGCCUGAGGGAGAAGCCGAUUGAAGCUCUCCUGUCCACUCCAGUGAUCGCUCCAGAGUUUUCGUUUGCCUUCGGACCAAGCGUUGAUGGAGUGGUGAUCGACACUGGCGAACCACAGGGUGGUGAAAGCCCUCAUUAUUCCGACUACGAAGGCGGCGCCAGCAAUUCCGGAAAGCCCUCAAAAGGUGAACCACAAAAUGCCAUCAACAUCUUGAACAGCGUUUUACUUCGAAAAUCGGUCAUAUCGAAGUUGAGCCGAUACGAUUUGCUGCUUGGAGUCGUUAAGGCUGAAGCUUACUUUGCUUUUAACGGUGAAGAUGUGCAGUAUGGAAUCGAAGCGGAUCGUCGCACGAAAAUCCUGAGAACGUUCGUGAAAAACACGUACAGCUACCAUCUAAGCGAAAUUCUAGCGACGAUUGUUAACGAGUACACUGAUUGGGAAAGGCCCGUUCAGCAUCCAAUCAAUAUUAGGGACGAAACGUUGGAGGCGCUUUCAGAUGCCCAGUUUGUAGCUCCCGUCGUACAUACCGCCGAUUUGCACUCAGCCGAGCAUCGAAACUCCUAUUUGUACGUUUUUGAUUACCAGACGAAGUUUGGUGAUUAUCCGCAGAGACAGGGGUGUAUCCACGGAGAAGAACUGCCCUACUUAUUCGGAGCUCCCCUCGUCGGAGGAUUCAUGCAUUUCGGCAGGAACUACACUAAAUCGGAAGUAAUUCUCUCCGAAAUUACCAUGAUCUACUGGAGUAAUUUUGCCAGGACCGGAAAUCCAAAUGAGCAGCCGGAAGGUGACCAUGCGAGGCAAGAGCGAGGAAGAGUGAAAAACGUAGAAUGGACUGCGUACGAGGCAGUGCACAAAAAAUACCUAAAUCUAGAUCAGAAGCCCAAGCUGAAGAACCACUAUCGGGCGCAUCGGCUGUCCUUCUGGCUCAACCUGGUGCCCGAUCUGCACAAGCCUGGAGGCGACGAUGUCCCUUCCUCGCACCACGAGCUGGUGGACGACGAUGAGCCUCCGCCCAGACUUCCGUCCUUGAAUCCCCGGAAGCUUCCCACCACUGAAACUCCCACGGAUUUCAAGAAUCUUUUUGGGAACGGUUCGGUUCUUGCUACCGCUGGAGCGGCCGAUUCCACUGAGAGAGUGGAGGAAUUAGGUGGAAUCAGUACUACUCAGGGGGCAGUUGAGGAUGGGUUUGCCGCCUAUUCUACCGCUCUGAGCGUGACCAUCGCCAUAGGAUGUUCGCUGCUGAUUCUCAACGUUCUGAUCUUUGCGGGCGUCUACUACCAGCGCGACAAAUCGCGGAUGAACGAAAACGGUGGCCACCAGCCGAAGAAGCGCAACGAGAACGGGCAGAUGCCCAACAAUAUCUGUGGCGACUUGGAGUCRAGCAUAAUAGGAGUGAAGGGAGAUCCGGCCACCAUUCUGGGCCACCACCACUCCCACCAUCAGCUUCCACCGCCCGAAUUCGCCGAUCUUCCCCARAACAACUCCACCUUACCAAGACACGCCCCACCUSCUGGCAAGGUGAACAARUCCAAUGUGAACACGCUGAGUUCGCGGAAUGUGCAGGAGAACCAGCCGUUGCUCAGCGCCCACAGCAUACAGCUGAUCACCACUGGGACCUUGACGAAAAAGAACACGCAGCUUAAUGCGAAACAGAACACUACAAUGGAGGAACUGCGCGUGUGACAAGAGGAUGUUUACUUGUGAUUUGCAAUAACGAACACUGUUGCUCAAUGGGAGGCGCUCUAUGGGAGUUCGCGACACUUGUAAAGUUUUCUAAUCGCACCUUUUGUUAAUUGAGUCGCAGCACUAGAAGGAGGGUUGAUAGUGCUGACUAUUGUGUAAAUAUUAAGGUAUUGUAAACACUACUGUGUUGUGAUGUCCGUUGCAAACAGACCAAUAUCUCCACUUGUUUACGGUUUUUUCUGAGGCUCUAGGAAAUUGAGGUUGCAGCUGGUUUAAGAGGCUUAUUAUAGGAGCGUUAUAUUCUGAUUUGGUUGGCAGCGACUUAUUAUGCAGGCGAAGCAAUUGGAGCUUUGUAAACUCUGUCUUUCAUUUGCGAUCAAAUUUAAAGAGAACUUUUUUCUUUGGAACUAAUGUUUUUUUUGCAAAAUAUGCUCCCUCAUUGGCAAUUAUCACCUGCAAAGUUUCGCUUAAGCCACAGCCGUUUCUUCAGAGUUUCUGCAGAAAGACAGCCUUCCGAAGCAAUGAAGCGAAUUAGACAGUGAGACUCUUGUAAAAGAACGCGCGCCUUGCAGAAGUGAGGCGAACUGAAAUCACUGGUUCUUAUGGAAUUAAAGCAAACUAUCGUCUAGUUUUUUCUUGUCGAGUUUCCAGUUCAUCCACAGCAGGGGAAUGUUGGUCGAAAUUGGUUAGUUUUGGAUUUAUUCCCCUGGUGAAGUGGAACUUCCUUAAAACCAUCAAAGAAAAUUUGCUACGCACCUCAGAAUAGAAGCGCAUGAAAAGAAAAGAGUUCAUUCAUCAAAAGCGAUAGAAUUUCGAUUCCUUUCAAAAACCCAGCAAACUGCACAAAAUCGAGUCCGGCUGGUCGAAAAGCUGCUGAUUCAAAUCAACAAUUCUAGACUUUGUAGCUCCUGCUUUGCAUCGCUUUUCAAACAAAACCGAAGCAUUGAUAUUCCUUUGCACCUUCGGAAACUGGCUAUCCAGCCUCAAUUUCCCAGACCAAUGACUCAAUUUAAAUUGAAAAAGAUUCAUUUGAAGCAAAGUUUAGUUCCUAAUUUUUCUGAAUUCAAUUGCUAUCAGUCUGUGCCGUCCAAACCGACGGAUAUUAUUUUUAAAAGACAAACUUAUCCUUAAAAUGCCCAUCCGCUGUACUAAUUCCCGGUGGACAGUGCAUACUCUGUAGAUAUUGUAUAUAAAUCUUCAUACUUAGGUGAUACUUAAGGAAUGCAUGAUCGGUUUCCAAGAAAUCCAAUUUUUUGUCAACCGCCUCUUUGUAAUUAUCGAAUGAAUGGUGUGUACAAAAUUAGUCUAAUGAAAUGUUAAAUAAAUUAUAUAAAAAUUA